AAUAAAAUUGUGACAAAAAGAGAAAAAGAAAAAAAAGCAAACAAGACAAGUAAAGAUUGAAAGAAGGAGAGCUGGAGAGUGGCAUACACCAAACCAAAAACAAACCAUUUGAGACACGCAAGCAAAAACCAAACGAAAAUGGUGAAACGAUUAUCCUCUUGUUAUUAUCAUCAUUUUCUUAAAAAUAAUUCAAAUAAAUCAAUCAUUGAUCAUCAUCUUCUUAAUCCUCGAUUCAUCCCAUCAUUUAUUAAUACUUUCACUCAACUUAAUCCUCCAUCGCCUUCUCCAGUUGCAGGCAUCGGAAAUAGUUCCCCUGUGCCUCUAAAACGGUUUCUUGCAAAUUAUAUAUGGGACCUUCAGAAACCUUCCCUGAUUCACAUGCAAAAUAUGUCCGGGAUACAGUACAGAAAUUAUGGGUCUGUGGUCUCCACUGUAGUUCAGAGAAACCCCUCCUUUUCGACCAUUAAUGAUGACGAUAUCAUCCAUUUUAAGAAGAUACUCGGGGCUAAAAAAGUUAUUCAAGAAGAUGAAGAACUACAAACUGCAAACACUGAUUGGAUGCAUAAGUACAAAGGAUCAAGUAAGCUUAUGCUCCUACCCGAGAACACUGAGGAGUUAUCUCAAAUUCUGAAGUAUUGCAAUUCUAGAUGUCUGGCAGUUGUUCCACAAGGUGGAAAUACAGGCCUUGUUGGAGGAAGUGUUCCUGUGUUUGAUGAAGUCAUUAUUAAUACUCGGCGCAUGAAUAGCAUUAUUUCGUUUGACGAGACAAGCGGUGUACUUGUAUGUGAAGCAGGAUGUAUACUGGAAAAUCUGAUAUCUUUCUUAGACAAAAAAGGCUUUAUUAUGCCAUUAGACCUGGGUGCAAAAGGAAGCUGCCAAAUUGGUGGAAAUGUUUCUACUAAUGCUGGUGGUUUGCGCUUAGUGCGUUAUGGAUCGCUACAUGGAACUGUUCUUGGUCUUGAAGCUGUUUUGGCGAAUGGUGAUGUGAUUGAUAUGCUUGGUACUUUGAGAAAAGAUAAUACUGGCUAUGAUUUGAAGCAUUUGUUUAUAGGCAGUGAAGGGUCCUUGGGUAUCAUAACAAAGAUUUCGAUACUCACACCUCCAAAAUUGUCUUCAGUAAACAUAGCUUUCCUUGCUUGCCAAGAUUAUGUUAGUUGCCAGAAACUCCUAUUUCAAGCUAAACGAAGGCUUGGUGAAAUAUUAUCUGCAUUUGAAUUUCUAGAUGCCCAAGCAAUGAAUCUGGUUCUUAACCAUUUAGAUAGUGUCCGGAAUCCAUUACCAUCCUCAGUUUACAACUUUUAUGUUCUCAUCGAGACAACAGGCAGUGAGGAAUCUAGCGACAAGGAGAAACUUGAGGCCUUUCUUCUUCAUGCUAUGGAAAGUGGUUUGGUAUCUGAUGGUGCCAUUGCACAGGAUUUUAAUCAAGCAUCAUCAUUUUGGCACAUUCGUGAGGGUGUUCCAGAAGCACUGAUGAAAGCUGGAGCUGUAUAUAAGUAUGAUCUAUCAUUACCUGUUGAAAAGAUGUAUGAUCUUGUUGAGGAAAUGCGAAUACGUCUCGGUGAAAAAGCAAAUGUAGUGGGAUAUGGUCACCUUGGAGACGGUAACCUCCAUUUAAACAUUUCAGCUCCACAGUAUGAUGAUUCUCUAUUGGCCCAAAUUGAACCGUUUGUCUAUGAAUGGACAUCUCGGCAUCGUGGGAGUAUUAGUGCUGAACAUGGACUGGGUCUUAUGAAAGCUGAAAAGAUUUUCUACAGCAAGGCGUCUGGAACUGUACAACUUAUGGCUUCAAUCAAGAAGUUGUUGGAUCCCAGUGGUAUAUUGAAUCCUUACAAAGUUAUCCCAACAUCGCUCCUAUCCUAGUUGAGGUCAGAAACUUGGUCUGUAACCUUUUCGUAGUUCUUAAAGAUCACAAGCAAGAAACCCUCGUGUUGAGAUCGAAUAUACUAUGGUAUCAUGGGGGACUCGGUGUAUAACAUGUUGCUUGUAACAACUAUUAUAGGAAAAGCAUUUGUAUUCGCACUAAUGUGUAGCUUCAUCUGUGAAUAAAUGAUAAAGGUUUACCUCAAUUUGAAUUAUUGGGAAUUGAAAACUCUUAUAGCUUUGAUCAA